AUGGCCAUCUGCAGCUUCUCGGGAAAUGCAGAUAUGUACGGGCUUGGUAUUAGGAUAGGAUUCUACCUGCAAUGGUUUGGAAAGAUUCUUGCCACUUGGGUUGCUCGAAAAGAAGUCACAGGCAUGCGAGUCUCGGAAUCACUUUUCAUCGCGGCCACUUUCCUGGCUCUUAUCAUUCAAACUGACCGCAAUAAUCUCCGUCCUGUCGAGAUAUACAUUAUCCUCCUGCUUACGUUUGGGGGCUAUCUCUAUUUCGUGCCACUAUAUGUGUGGAGAUUAUUGAUUGGUUGCGAUCCUGAUCUGGAUCCGAGUCGACAUCCUAGAGUCAGGGUUGGGAAGAUGUUCAGCAGAUUGAACUUCCUACUUUUAUGUUCCGUUUGUAUCUUUCAAUUGUGGUUCUGGAUUGGACGGGUGUCGACAAUCGGACGUGAUGGGUGCACGGAAUUUGGAUUCUUGUUUGCCAGAGUCAGGUUGAACCAGAGGGGAUUCGUGGUUGUCAACGUCGUGCUGUACUUCCUGCUUCUAUUGUUCUGUGUAGCUAUGCUUGGUAUCUCGGUUGGCAAGAGAUGGGGAUAUCUUGAGGAGAAGCCAAGAAGAAGCAUCGGACGUGUUCGCAAAACAGCUCUUCAAGAGCUCCAAACAUUCAUCAACCUCACUGUUGCGAGUAUCGUGGUUGCAGCCACCGAGCUGACAAUCUCUUGGAACCACAUCAGAGAUGUGAACGAGAUCUCUUCCGCUGGCCAAACAAUCCCACUUAUUAUUGGAGUUGGCCAAAUCGUGCGAGUGCUUUAUAUCAUGCUCAUCACUGGCGACAACUUCGACGAUGACCUGUCAGGUACCAACAGUGUCGAUAGCUGGCCCUCUGACUACAGCUCGGGACCUGUGAGUGUAAAUAGGUUUCCCGUGGCCGGAAGCGCAGGCUCACCACCGCCCGCAUAG